AUGAGGGCUAUGCGGUAUUAUGGUCCCGGCGACAUACGGCUCGACAACAUCCCAGAACCUGUUGUCGGUCUGGGACAAGUCAAGAUAAAAGUGAGUUGUACUGCGAUUUGUGGCUCGGAUUUGCACCUCUAUCAUGAGAAAGUACUGGAUACCGCGCUUAACGCCACCGAAUCACAGCCUCCAGUAGUAAUGGGGCAUGAAUUUUCUGGUACGAUCGUCGAACUAGGACCUGCAGUCAAUGCCUCUCGUUUGUCUGUGGGCCAGGACGUUACCGUUGAACCUACGAUCACUUGUAUGCAGCCUACGUGUCUGGACUGCUCUUCACCGAAAACCCGAAACUGGUGCAGUCAAAUCAAGUUCAUAGGGGUUUCGGGUGGAGGAGGAGGUCUAUCAGAAUACAUUGUGGUAGACCAAAUGCUAGUCCAUCCCUUACCGCCAGCAGUUUCACGUGAACACCUGGAAGUUGGUGCCAUGAUGGAACCUUUGGCAGUUGCAUGGCACGCUGUCAAGAAAGCAAAUGUCAGCGCUGGGUGCUCUGCGCUGAUACUUGGUGCCGGACCAGUCGGAAUUCUUCUCCUCAAGGUUCUGAGGGCAUUCGGAGCUGGUUGGGUCGGCGUUUCCGGAAGAUCAGCCAAACGCUGCGCGUUUGCUCAAGAGCAUGGCGCGUCCGCAGUCUUCGACGUGGCAUCCAUUGGAGUCGAUGUACUCUCGGAGACGCUUCUGGCGACACAUCAGCGCGGAGUCGAUGUCGUUUUCGACUGUGCCGGCUCCCAAGCGACGAUGGAUACGGCUAUUGGUGCCAUCCGGCGCGGCGGAAUAAUCGUGAACCUUGCACUCUGGUCAACGAAACCUACCAUCGACAUGAACAUUCUACUGAUCAAGGAGGUGGUCAUAGCCAAUAGCAUGUGUUACGCAGAUGACCAUCCUGAGAUGCUUGAAGCUCUCGCACAGGGACGCUUCCCGGACUUACAGACGUUGAUCACCAGGCGUAUCGACUUCGAGGAUCUGGUGGAGUUGGGCAUCAUGGCGCUCGUCCAUGAGAAACACGACCACGUGAAAAUCCUUGUGCAUCCCUGA